AUGUUGGCCAAGCUCUUGGAGGAUGACCUAGUUCUCUCGGUCUUGGGUUGCUGACAAUUGUCCCACGCAUACACCUCUCCUUCCUUUGUAAGGCCAAGGAGGUGAUCAGUAUAAAUACUAACCUGUUCAGUUAUAACCUUUAUGUAUGGGUAGCAUCUGUGCUUGGAUAGCUUUUGGGUAGUUUCACGGGGAUGGGUGGUUUCCCAGGGAAGUACGUUUAUUCAGUAUAUACAGAUUUUGCAAGAAAACUACAUAGUAGGUUAGUUUUGGCUGCCGUGCGUCAUAUGUGCGGGGGGAAAGGAAUUUUUUUUUUGCAGGAGCCUAGCCAACAGCCUCAUAUAGGAAGCAGCCGGGGAAGACCCUCUUGACCUGCUCCUCGAGCCACCAGUACGGGGUCCCGUAGGUUAUGUCAGUCUUGGGGGUAGUACCCGCGCCGCCUGUGAGCAAGGCGACAAUGCGGCCAGAUCUGUCAAGGAUGAUGGAGCCCGAAUCUCCCGGGGCGGAGAAGGGGCCGCGCUGCCGGUCGUAGGGCAAGAUGGCGGUCUCGACGGACGUGCCCAUGAUGCCGUCUUGACUCUAGACGCGAGUGAACGAGUCCAGUCCAUUGACCCGGCCGAUGGUAGUCCCCGUGGUCAAACCGUUCUUCACCACCAUUAGUACCUUCUGGUCGUGCACAUGGAGGUGCUGUGGCUGACGAAUCUCAUGGUCCUUGACGACGCCGAAGGCCUGUAAGAGGCCAUCAUCUGGGUACUCGUAGUCCACCUGGUCCUCGGGGUGUGGGAACAUGAACCCGCCGAAGUCGGGCGGUGAAAGCUUGCCACCUGCGGGAUCACACUACUCAGCCAAAAAAGAAACGGAAAAACUGAAACGGCGGGACCGAGGGGGGUGGGGAAGAAACGUACCAACGUAGACCUUGUUUCCCGGGAAGGUGGCCCAGUCUAUCUUCUCCUUGUAGAGCUGGACAAAGGCCCAGUCACUGGUAAACCUGUGGGGUUCGUGGGAGAUCGCGAUGGGCUCCGCGUGAAGGACACAGCCAAUAACGCGCUGGUCCGGGUUGGUCCUGAGCUUGGUAACCUCGUCGUGGAGCUUGUUCAAGGAGUGGAUCCUCCUGGUUGCUUUCUCCACCUCGCGCUGGGUCUCCGGUUGCCUUGCGGUGUUGGCCACAUCCGCGCCGUCGACGGGCUCACCCAGCCACUUGACCUGCCCCUUCCACACGGCGAUGGAGCGAGCAAGGUCGCCGAUAGUAGCCAUCAUGGCGUUUGUCGCAUUCUGGUAGCCCAUGGUGCCUAGCGCGACGAUCUCCUCGCGGGGCUGACUGCUACCCUUGGGCGACAUGCCUGUAUUGGCAAACAGGGGAGGCGGGCGAGCAACGUGGGCAGUGGUGAGGAGGGCGAUGCGGUCGUCAUCACGGCCGAGGCGGAAGUAGAGUGCGCCGGUGCCCUCAUAGUAGGGCGUCCUGAGCGGGGCGAUGGAUAGUCCAAGCGUGGGUGUGAAGGCCUUACGGAACUCGAAGAUGGGGGGUCUCGGAGGGGAUCCAUAGGAAGGAGCUUUGGGCCACCCACAGAGCGCAUCACCUCCGACUCGCGGAAAGCGACCUCAAUCUCAGGGAAGCCAGCUUAGCGCAGGAUGUCCUUGACAGCAUCGGCGGCAGUCACGGCAGCCUCAAAGGCAAGUGUCUCGUGCUUCACACCGAUCCACAUCAGGAGCGGGCAAAGCGGCGCCUUCUCCCCAGCGUCAGCAAAGGCAAUGGGAUCGAUCGAGGUCCACUUGACGUCGAGAGUAUCGAGGGCCUGGAAGAUGUCGGUACCAAUCUUGAGCCAGUCGUCUGCGAUGGGAUGAUCAUACACAGGGCGGAGCUCACGGAUGUAGCGCUGUGCUUGGGGACCCUGGUUUUCCGGCCAAGCAGGACCUGA